CGAAAAUUGAAAAAUGCUGCCUUCGGAGGACGCGUUCCAAGGUAGGAAGGCAUCGAGGCACGUCCGAAUCCAAAGCUAGCUUCACUUCCUAUCUCAUGAGAUACCUUCAUCUGAUCGAUUUUUGGAGACAGCAUAGAUCCUAAAUCCAGUUGGACGCUCAGAAACCUAAAAUUCAUCAAUGUGGGCCGUUAACAGACCUGGGAUUGCACUUAAAAAGAAAAACAAAACAAAACAUGAAGCUAUAAGUUUUCCACCCAUUUCCAGUGGCCCUGUUAAGUCACUACCACAACCGAAAAUCUCAAGUCAUCAAGUUGCUCCUUAUGCCAAAGUGAGUGUGGAAAUCGAUCUGAAGAUUACUGCCCAGCUCAAAUACAAUUUACAACAGCGACAUUUAAAGACUUCCUGCCAUUAUUUGUCUCCUGGAAAGGAGAGAGAUGACGAUUUGACCUCAUUGAUCACUAGAAGCUUUUUGCUGAAGGACAAGGCUCUGAAGACCACACUUAAUGUCAGCGGGGCUGCAGGCUCAUUGGACAUUGAUCCACAGUCUCUGCCAAGCUUAAUAAUGGAGGAGAAGUGGAACAAAGAAGACUUUCCUGCUUUUCCAUAUUGUGCAGACAAGGCACCACUCCUGGGCUCUUCCCAGGGAACAUGUAGAGGCUGUCAACUUGAGAAAAGAGAUAGUUCACAUUCUAAGAAAUGGGAUGAAAAUGUGCAGGACUGUAUAAGAACAAAUUUCCUGCAAUGGGAGACAGAUAGACAUUGUCAUGUCAAGAGGAGGAUUAUGAUCUAUUUGUGUGGGGGAUAUCAAGAUACAGUUGUAGAGCGUACUGCGCUGAUGGAGAGCGUGUAUCCUCAGUUGUACUUCUACUGUAAGCAGAGAGGAUAUGAUUUCAGAAUGGUGGACCUGCGCAGAGGUGUGGAAGACCCCGUUACUGACCACCAUGAUUCAGUAGAGUUGCAUUUAGAGAUGCUUAAGAGGUGCCAAGAGACAGUGGGGCCAAACUUUUUUCUGUUCACAGGUCAGAAGCAUGAGUUCCAGUCAUUACCAACCACCAUCUCCCAAAAAGACUUCGAAGCAAUUUUAAAAAUUAUUACAAGAGACAGGGAAAGAGUUUCCAAGAGGCAGUCAGACUUGGAAGAAACACCCACUGAAACUCAAUUUAGCAUUACUGGUAGCAGUACUGAUAGUCUUACACCGGAGUCAGAGGGGUCUGAAAAGGAUGGGAUUUCAGGAAGCAUUGCUUUAAUAGGCGAAAACACCAAUUCCUAUGGAGAAGAUGGAGAAGAGGCCUGCUUAGCGAGAUGUUGGGCAGACUUUGAUCGGGAUUUGACCCUCUUGCUGACAUGGUACCGGCUUGAUGAGAACACAGUUCCAUCUGUGUACCGCCUGCUGCCUGUCAGUACGCACCACCCUGACUUCCUGAGCCGUGAUGGGGAGCGUAGGAUAGCAGCAAGGAAAGCAUGGCAUUUUUCCUGUAAGCAAAUAUGUAGAGUGCUGCAGCGUAACGGGCCAGAAGCUAUUGGAGAGGCAGAAACCUCAUGCCUGCUUAGGACAGUAUUGGACUGUGAGGUAGAACAGGGCUUUGGAGCAAAGCUCCCUGCUGAGGAGUACAGUCACUAUUAUAAGCGCACCAUCACUGACCUGCUAUAUAACCUGAAGAGUGAAUAUGCCUCACAGUUCAUUGACCUGCAGAAAGGAAGAGCAGAACUCAACCACACCCUGUAUCAAGCACAGCAGGACUUCAUCCACAACAUUCACAGCAAGCUACGACACACUAAUAUCUACGAGAUUAACGUGAGCUGGGGGAGGAAAGGUCUCAGCCCCAAACAUAACAGAUCACAUCAGUUCUACACAGAACGUCUCUGUUCCCAUUUCCUACGCACAGUCAUGGCAGCCUUCAACAGGGUGAUGCACAUAAAACCAAUCAAAAGCUCUUUUGAUAUCAUGAGAAAAGAAGCUUCACAAACUCAAAUUCAGGAGGAGAUUCAGCUUCACCUUAAACAUGGAAAAACACUAGCACAGAGUUUUGAGCUUAGGCAGAACUUCCUGCAGGAAGUGAGGGAUGCCUUGCAAAAGUCAGCUUCCUCCCAGAAUGCUUUGCUGCUGUUAGGAGAGCCAGGUUUAGGGAAAAGCACCAUCCUUGCCAAAGUGACACAGCUUUUACCAACUUGGAUACCUGGAGAUGUGACGGUGCUGGUGUGUUUUGUUGGACUGACAUCAGAGAGCAGAAAUGUACGUCUUCUCCUGCAAAAGCUUUGUACACAGAUAGCAGAAGUCUACUGCAAAAACACAGAAAUAUCAGAGUCUUUGGCACAGCUGUGCAACGAGCUGCGUUCGUUGUUGAUGUUGGUGAAUAAGAACAGACCUCUGGCUCUAGUGCUCGAUGGUCUGGAUGAGCUGAGUGAAGAACAUGAAGCUGAUCUGUCCUGGCUCUACACUCCACUACCUCAACAUGUUUACGCUGUUCUGUCUGCCAAUACACAAUCCACUUCGGCCCACUUGCUACAGAACCAUUCUAAGGUCUCAGUUCUUGCCAUUCCUCCUCUGAGCAGUGAGGAAAUCAAAGCCAGUCUGGCCUGUAAGCUUGCGUCUGACUCUUAUCAGCUUCAAGAGGACCAGUGGGGCCUCUUACUGCACUCGUGUCUCUUCUGUCCUUUUCCUGUGUAUCUUAGAUUUGCCUACAGUGAAAGCAGAACAUGGACUUCUUUCUCCUCACCAGAACAGCUCUCCCUUCCUGAGGAUUUAAGAAGUCUUUUCCUGAACCUUUUGGCACGUUUAGAGCAUAAGUAUGGUGAGAAUCUGGUGCGGCGUGCCACAUCACUGAUCUCACUCUCACGUGGUGGUGUGACAGAAGAGGAACUUCUGAAACUGUUAGGACAAGACAGGCGGGUUGCUCAGGAGCUUACACAGUUAUACAAUCAACCUCCAAGCACCUCAGGAUAUCCCAGUGUACCUUAUGGUAUUUUGGCCCGGCUGAGGUGGGAACUAAGGUAUCACAUUAUGGAGGUGGAAAGUGAUGGGACAUGGGUAUUGUGCUGGACGCACACUGAAUUCAGCCAUGUCAUCACACAACGUUAUCUGAAAACAGAAGACUCAAAGAGGGCUAUCCAUGCAGACUUUGCAGAUUAUUUCAGCUGCAGUGCUUCUGAUAGUCAUAUUUUCCAGCCACUUGCAUGGAGUAGAGAGGAUGAUGGCAGGAAAAGUUAUAUGUUUAAUUUGCGUAAGCUUCACGGACUGCCCUACCAUCUCAUACGUUCAGGCCAGAUUCAGUUUCUGCUCAGCCAGUGCCUCUUUAACUAUGAGUUCCUGCUGCAUAAAGUCUGGGGUCUGUCCAUCAGCCAUGUAGAAGAGGAUUUGAAAGCUGCUGUCAUGCCAGAUAAAGAGUUGCCUGAUAUAGAUGUUUUGGCCCAGGCUCUCUGUCUCUCACGCCCUGUGCUGUUGAAAGACCCAUGCCAACUGGCAUCUCAAUUACUGGGGCGUCUCCUCCACGUCACUGCCCAGGAUAAGCCUGUGGCUCCAGGUGACCCUCAGCGCUUCUCUUACUUGCAUGAUUUGUUGACACAGUGCCAAUUUUCAUCAGUGCCUGUCCUGGUGCCGUCUUACAGCUGCCUCCUGCCACCAGGAGGAAUAACACACACUCUACUUGCAGGUCAUAUGAGCCCUGUAAAAGCACUGGCCCUUGGUCAGUAUCAUGCAGUAUCAUGCUCUGUGGAUGGAACUCUUAACCUCUGGAAGUUGGACGAUUCAGUAACCCUUGCCAAAACCAUACCCAGUUCAGUGGGCUCUAAUCCAUACUGUGCUCCUGAAGCGCUCGCUCUCUGUCUGGAAGACACAGUGUUGGUACUAAGGAUGGGACACAGACUUACAGUGCAAGAGGUACACUCUGGAAAGGUGCUUUAUACAGAUUCACUGUCAAUGGAUGUUCCUCUCAUCACAUGUACCUGUGAUGGACGAUUGUUGGUGGUCUUUUAUGAUGGCAGGCACAUAGUCAAGGUGUUUGAUUUAGCCAUGUCCUGUUCACUGCUUCACUGUGUGAACCUCACUCUUGGUUGCGACCCCAUUCACAGAGACAACUCCAUUUUGAUCUCUCACAACUCUGUUAAAGAUUAUGUCCUCUUUGGAUAUAGAAGUGGCAGAGAGGCUGCUGUUUUCAGUGCUAGAACAGGGUCACUAUUGGUUACUCUAAAAGCUCAGCAUCAAGCUGCUUCCCUACAGGCUGUGGAAAUGAACUCUCAGUACUUCCUGCUCUUCUGCAGGUAUCCCUGUAAGAGACACAGUGAUAUAAUACACAUCGAGCUCUUCAGCACUUCUUCUUUUCAAUACCUGCGCUCUAUUAUGGGCUGCGGUCAGGAUUACAUUUCCCAUGUUACUAUCAAUAAGGGUGGCUCCCAUAUAGUGGUCUUUUGCCCCUCACCUCAUAACGGAACCACAGAAAUCAAUACCUGGAAUCUAGAGACUGAAGAUCAUAAACAUAUGGCACGAUUCCCUGGCCUUCUGACUGCAGGUAUAUGUUCUGACCUGCGUUUCUGUGUGGGGUUCUGUAUGGGAGAGCGAUACCUGCGCCUGUGGAAUCUGGCUACCAGAAUCAAUGACCAGUCUCUCACAUACAACAUCCACAGAGUACAGAGUGAUGGCAUUCAGAAGAUUAUACCUAUGGAUAAAUAUCCCAGUUAUGUAGUGUGUCGCAGCACACGCCCUGGUACGGUGCGGGUGUGGAACAUAAGGCGAGCACGGUUCAGGACUCGGCCUGUCCAGGUGGAACACAGCUUAUUCACCAGUGCUGAUGUUGUUUUGGUGCGAGACCUCAAACUUUACAUCCUGACUGACCAUGGCACUGCCACCUUCACUGAUACACCCACACCAGUUUAUCAGACCCUUCUGGUGUAUGAUCUUCUAUCAAGAAGCUACAUUAAGAAGCAAUCUGGCCUUUUCAUUGUACCCUGCCCUGAACAGGACUACCUGCUCAUGAAGGGGGAGCUACUGCUUGGCCUGUCAGAGACUCGUGACCAUCUGAUAAUUUGGGACCUGGACUCUGGCUACAUUAAAGGCCGCAUUAAAAUGAACCAUAAAGAUACUUUGCUGUCCAGCUCCUUGGCUGAUGACAAUCAGCCCCUCAAUGUGCCUACCAGAGAGAGAUCAGAGCUGGUAAUGCCGUGGGACUGGCGCACAGAGAGCAAGACUGCCAGAAAAAGAAGACAGGAGAGUGAGUUACAGAGGGAGAAAGAAGUGCAGCAAUGCUUAGAGAGGGAGAAAUACAACUCCAUAGACCAGUACCUCCUCAGUGGAGAUGAAAAGGUGGUAAUAUGUUCCUACUUUGCCCACCACCUGAAUGUGUUCAGUGUGGUCUCCCAGGAGCACUUGAACACACUUGAAGAUUGUUGGUCUCUUCUGGGUCUCCGUACUGCAGCGCUCACACACUCAGGAAGGCACUUGGUCAUCUCUAACUACAAUGAAACCCAGCGAAUUCCUUACCUCACUCUCUGGGACACACAGCAUGGAAAGGUGCAAAAGAGACUGAAAAAUGAACCUGGAAUUUGUUGUGUGGCCAUGACAGACGAUGCCAGCAGAAUUGCCUUUGGCAUUGCCAAGGGUAACAAAGUAAAAGUAUGGGAGCCUUUUAGGAGAAAACACAAGACCAUCUUGGGAUAUGGGAGCCUGAAGCUGAGUGUGUCCAGCAGGCUUUACAUCACCAAGGCAGGAGCCAAAGCCAUUUUGCUAGCAGAUGAGGUGAGUGUGUGGGACCUUGAUGCCGGGACAGUGUUGUCCGUCUUCACUCCAGACUCCAUAAUUCAGUGUGUAUCUGUUGUGGGUGUUGAGAACUGCACUCUGCUCUUGGGUCUGAGUGACAUUUCUACCCUUAUCAGCAUGACCCUUAGUAAACAAGGGGUCACCACAACAGGUAAACUUGCUGGCCAUGACCAACUGUUCGGGGAGUCCAGUAGCAGUGAUGAAGAGGACUGAGAGACAAAGAGCUCAAGUUAAGGAGAUGCUUGCAAGUGUGAAUAAUAUAACACAACACACUAUACCGCUGAUUCAUGAUUGUUGAGGAAGUAACUCUAAGCAAUGGAAGAAAGGCUACUCGUCAGCAACAGGAGUCGUCAUCUUGUGCUGUAUUGGUCACAAGAUCCUGAGGUUAUAACAAAACUACAGACUUCAGCUAUAUAGAGUGACAGUGUAUAGAUUCAGAUUCAGAUUUAUUUUCAGUAAUCUUGAAUUCAGAAUGUCUUUUGAUGUUGGAAAAGGACGUCUUAUCUUACAUAAGACAUAUUUACAAGAUUUUAGUGUUACAACAUUUAGGUAUGUGAUUUUUAGUCAUGAUUACAUUAUGUGACUUCUGACGUGUUUUUGGUUCUGCUGGUUAUGACUAUACAUUUUGUAACUAGGUAUUCCUGUUUCUUGUCACAUGAACAUCUUACAAAGUGAGUCUUCAUUAAAACAGCUUCCUAGAUUGCUUCGGUAGAUCUACAGCAGUACAAUACAAAUACAACCAAUUCCUCUACUUUCUAUGACAGUGUUUUUCUUUUAGUAUAA